AAGAGGAAAGCACCUCCAUUUCAUCAGCCGCUUCAAGCCAAAUCUAAGUACGAAGCCGUUUGUUUAUCUCCGGUCGCGUCUCCUGAUCUUCGGCUUCUCAAUUUGAUCUGACAUCUAAUUUUUAUGUCGUUUCAGGAGAGAAAAUGAAGGUUGUGGCAGCUUACCUUCUCGCCGUUUUGGGAGGCAACUCCUCCCCCACCGCCGAGGACUUGAAGAAGAUCCUUGGAUGCGUUGGCGCUGAUGCUGAUGAGGAUAGGAUUGAGUUGCUCUUGUCUCAAGUGAAAGGGAAGGACACCACUGAACUGAUCGCAGCUGGUAUGGAGAAGCUUGCCUCAGUUCCAUCAGGUGGUGGCGGCGGUGGUGUUGCAAUUGCUGCCUCAGCUGGCCCUGCUGCUGGAGGUGCUGCCCCAGCUGCCGAGUCCAAGAAGGAGGAGAAAGUGGAAGAGAAGGAAGAGUCUGAUGAUGACAUGGGUUUCAGCUUGUUCGACUAAAUCGCUCCGCCUUCUGGUUGUUGUUGUCCCGUGAAGACUGUACUACUUUUGUUUUACUUAGUGUUUUAGCUGAGCUUUACAAGUCUUCUAUUAUGUACUUGGAUAUGUAAUGGAUGCGUCUGAGGCGCAUCCUAGUUUUGGAUUUAUGAAUGAAGAUGUUAUGAAAUUGAAGCUUUGGUUUUGAUACUUAAUUAUUCUCCUUGUUGAGUGCUCCUUAUCCUGCUUUCUCCUUGUGGUUUGUGCUUCUGAGAUGUAGUUCAGACAAUAGUUUCGGUCUCAAACUGUCAGGUAUCCUAUUUGGUCAUCAAAUAGCACAGCAGUAGUGCUGCAAUUUGUUCAUCCCAUAAAAUCCCGCUAGGGUG